AUGGAAAUUCCAAUCAAAGGAAACAUUGCUUCGAAGACGGAGUUCCCGCCUGCAAAUGAGAAACACUCCCGAUUUAAUAGUCUAAAGUUAUUCCUUGCAGCCUUGUCCUGCUUGUACUUUGCAAAAGCAUUUUCCGGGAGCUACAUGAAGAGCACAAUCACGCAGAUAGAGAGACGCUUUGACAUUCCGAGUUCACUCAUCGGUGUUGUUGACGGAAGUUUUGAAAUCGGGAAUCUGUUGGUGAUUGUAUUUGUGAGCUACUUUGGAGCAAAAUUUCACAGGCCCAGGCUCAUUGCAAUUGGAAGUAUGGUCAUGGCUAUUGGAACUUUUCUGAUAGCUUCACCACAUUUCUUCAUGGGACGUUACAACUAUGAAACUGCAAUUACAUUUUCAAGCAAUUUGACCAUGAGCAUCUCCCAGUGUUCAAACACGUCAAAAGACAUGACAACUCCAGCACCUGAGGAAAACUCUUCAGGUUGUGAGAAAGUAGCAGGCUCCUCCAUGUGGAUAUACAUAUUUCUUGGAAAUCUCUUGCGGGGGAUUGGCGAAACGCCAACAGGCCCGCUGGGGAUAUCGUAUCUUGAUGAUUUUGCCAUACAGGAAAAUACUUCCUUCUAUAUAGGAAUUUUAUACACGGUUGCCCUGAUAGGCCCAUUGUUUGGAUAUUUAUUGGGAUCGUUGUGUGCGAAGCUGUUUGUAGACAUUGGCUUUGUUGACUUAGAGAGAGUUACAAUCACGUCAAAGGAUGCACGAUGGGUUGGUGCCUGGUGGCUAGGAUUUCUAAUUGCUGGUGCAUUUUCGCUUCUUUUUUCCAUACCAUUCUGGUUCUUUCCCAAGUCUCUAACCAAAGAGACAAGGAAAAAGGAACUUGGCAAAGCCUCUGAAAAGAUAGAUAUCCUGAGACCGGAUCAAAGUGAACCUGCAAGGAACAACCCCAAACCAAAAAUCUCUGAAGUGGACCAAGGCUUCUUGUCAUCGUUGAAAGCACUCUUUUCAAAUAGCAUCUUUGUCUUGUACUUGGUGUCAAUGGUCUUACAAAUGAAUGCUCUAAUUGGCAUGUUGACGUUUAAACCCAAGUUUAUUGAGCAGCAGUAUGGACAGUCCGCAUCCAGAUCCAACUUCCUCAUUGGUCUCAUAAAUAUCCCUGCAGUGUGCGUUGGAUUUUUCUUGGGAGGAUAUGUGAUGAAAAGGUUGAAAUUGAAUAUUGUUCAAGCAGCGAAAUUAGCCUUUGGAUGUAGCAUCCUGGGUUGGUUAAUAACACUUUCCUUUUGUGCAAUGGGUUGUGAGAACUCUCGAGUAGCUGGUUUAACUGUCUCCUAUCAGGGCACUGCACAGGUCUCCUUUGGGGGGAGUGCUCUGAACCAUGACUGCAAUACUGGCUGCUUCUGCUCCCUGAAACAGUGGGAGCCCAUUUGUGCUGGAGAUGGUGUCACGUAUGUUUCACCCUGUCUCGCUGGUUGCACAACGUCAACUGGAACAGGGAAGAAUAUGGUUUUCCACAACUGCAGCUGCAUUUCUCCAUUGACUGCUGGCAAUUCCUCCGGCCACCUGGGGCAGUGUGCAAGGAGAGAUGAUUGUGAAAAAUCUUUCCGCUACUUCAUGGCAGUCACUGUGCUCACGGCGUUAAUAUUUAGCUUCGGAGCAGUUCCCAGUUUCAUGGUAUUACUCAGGUGCAAUGAGCCGGAGCUGAAAUCGUUGGCAAUGGGUAUAUUCACCCUGUUAGGAAGAACACUUGCUGGAAUUCCAGCUCCUAUUUACUUCGGAGCUUUAAUUGACAAAACCUGCCUGAAAUGGGGAGCCAGCAGAUGUGGGGGACGAGGGGCCUGUAGGAUCUACAACUCUGAUGCUUUCAGGCAUAUCUUCCUGGGCUUACAACUGUCAAUGCGUGGAGCUGGCCUGCUGGUGUUUUUUAUUAUCUUUGCACAAUUGAAGAAACGUUUUCCAGCUCAGAUCGCUAACCCAGAGACUAACUGUGGCACUGAAAUGAUGUCCGAACAGGAUAAGGACCAAAAGUCUGACAAUGGAGACCUCACAGUCAAAACAGCCAACAGUGACCCAGACAAAGAAUCAAAUGCUUGA